AUGCUGGCGGGCGUUGCGUUCGCAGGCACCAUCACCGGCACCGUCAUGUAUGAUGGCGACGCACCGGCGCGUCCAGCCUUGACGGCAACUAAGGACCAGCAUUGUAUUGACGCUGUCGCAGGUACAAAAUCCGAGGCACUCGUUGUCUCAAAAGGCAAAGGCAUCAAGAACGUUGUUAUUUACGCGCGCGUCCGUGGCGCGAAAGCUACCGCCCCCGAUAAGAACCCGGUUAUGGACCAGAGCGGAUGUGCUUACUACCCGCACGUUCUCGCGAUUGUUGCCGGUUCUACCGUCGAUAUUACCUCCAGCGACCCAGUGGCACACAACGUCCACUCCCACGCCAAAAAGAACGACGCGAUAAACUAUCAGAUUCCGCAGCCCGGAAAAGUUAUCCCGCAUAAAGUCGCCAAGGCUGAAGAUAUUAAAUUCACGUGCGAUAUCCACGCGUGGAUGACCGGCUACAUCGUCGCUGUUCCUAACAACUUUUUCACGGUUACCGGUUACAAAAAUGCUGAUGGCGCAUGGCUCAGUUCAGCUGACUAUGAAAAAUCCGCGGAUCCCGGCAAUUAUACAAUCGCAGAUGUGCCAGCUGGCAGGGCGCGUGUUGUCGCAUGGCAUGAAGAACUUGGUUCAGCAAACAAAACCGUUGAAGUGCCAGCGAGUGGCGAUAUUGCCGUAAACUUCACGAGUGCUGACUUUAAGAAAAGCACCAAAUAG